AUGACUUUGGUUACCCUAGUUUUGUUUUGCGUAAUAAUCUGUUUAACGCUUGCUGAACAAGGACGUUUCAAACGCGUUCUUCUUCAUGGCGAUGGUGACCUUGUAGCAGCCGUUCAACUUCUGACUACUCAGGUCAAUCAGCAAAGCGCAGAUAUAACCAAUUUAAAGCAGAAGAAUUUGGAGCUGGAGUCCAAGAUAACUCAGAUGCAGUCGACUUUCGACCAGCACUUAGCUGAUAUAUCUUCCCACCAAACAGGGGGCGCUGUGUACGUCAGAUGGGGACGAACAGUUUGUCCACUGAAUGGAACAGAUCUAAUAUACACAGGUUAUGCUGGGGGAAAUCAGUUCUCUGAAUAUGGUGCUGCUGAUUUUCUCUGUCUGACCUCGGAACCUUUGUGGGGGAUGUACGAUGACGCUGAGCAUUCACCAUCGGCAAAGGUGUACGGGACGGAAUAUCAGUUUUCUGAACAGCAGUAUGCAAACGGAGGAGCACAAUUCUUUGGGAAGAAUUUGUUUGAUCAUGACGCACCAUGCGCAGUUUGUCACACUUCUCGACCAGCCACCGUCAUGAUCCCCGGCAGAAAUCAGUGCUACCCUGGAUGGACAAAAGAAUAUGCCGGUUAUUUGGUCGCUGGAUUAUCUGGAACAUCACAUAAAUCUCCUACCAACUACGUGUGUUUGGAUUCUGGAGCCGAGUAUGAAGCUUCAGACUACAGAGACGACAACGGAAAGUUGAUGUACCUGGUUGAAGCUAUGUGUGGAUCACUUCGUUGUCCUCCGUAUGUGCAGUACCGUGAAAUAACGUGUGUUGUGUGCAGCAAAUAAACGUUUCGCAAAAUUGUGUCUGUUGUUUGUAGCAAAUAAACGGUAUGCAAAAUGG